ACCGCAUCUCCAGUGCCCUGCGACUCACACACACCAUGGUCGCCAAGGUUCGCACCGCCGCGUCGGCCUCUGCCGCAUCCUCUUCCAAGGCCACGCCGCAGGCUGCGCGCCUCGCUGCGCUGCAGCACGCGCUCUCGGCAUCCACCGACCUCAACCCGCUGGCCGAGCUGCUCGACUUCAUCCCCUCGCUCGCCGCGCCUGCACCCGACGCUGCACUGCCCAAGGCCGUCGCUGUGCUCGUGCAUGCUCUACAGUCGCUGCUUUCCGCGGGCCGCAUCCCGAUCGAUGCCGCUGUCGACGCCGAGGGCCGCCUCGUCGCCGCCACGAAGCAGGGUGAUGCCGCCAAGGAGGUGCGACACUGGAUGGCGCAGCGCUGGAACGACGCCGUGCAGCUGCUAUGCCAGCUGCUCGGCCACACUGACCAGGCUACGCGAAUCCUCGCGCUGGAGCAGCUCCUGAGCCUGCAGCGCUCUGCGAGCAGUGCGCUUUCCACCAUGCGCAGCGUCACAGCCGGCAAGGCAGGAGCCAGCGCCGAGGCCAAGGGCGAGUGGUCGCAGUCGCCGUUCCGCUCUCUGAUUCUGUCGCUCCUGGCCGGCCCGCCAUCGCUGCGCGGCGCUGGCUCCGAGCGCGUUGAGCUCGAGGCCGAUGUGCGCGAGACGUUCGCCGAGACGUACCUUGAGUGCUUCGACGACGUGCGGUACUGCGUCUGCCGCGAGGUCCGUGCCAUUCUGCAUGCGCCGCCCACGUCCGCUGCAUCCGCGCCGCUGCGGCGGAACGGCACGCAGCUUCUGCUGCUGCUCACCGCCAUCCCGAAGGUGCAGGCCGAUCUCAACGAGUACUUCGUACCCGAGCUGGCUGCCAAGCCCACCGGGCUGAAGCUCAAGGGCCCCAAGGCGGCCAAGAAGAAGGCGGCGGCGAAGCAGAAGGUCGUCGAUGGCGGAGGCAGCGAGCCGGAGGAUGACGACGCCUCGAGUGAUGACAUGGAGGACUGGUUCUCAGACUCUGACGAGGAGAGCGGAAAGCCGAAGAAAGAGAGAGCGGCUUUUAAGGCCAGCGAGGACCCGCAGAGCCGCGCGGCCAAGGAUGCGCGGCGGCGCGGCCGGCGAGCGCUGCCCGUGCACGCUGCGGUUCACACUCUCGCACCGCAGCGCGCAGCAUUCAGCGCUGCCUGGCUUGCUGUGCUGCUGGUCAAGACCGUCGAUGGCAAGCACGUCGGCGGUGAUGUCCCGCUUGCGCUGUCGCACGAGGUGCUCGUGCGCUUCCACGCGCAGAUCCUGCCGCACAUGGUCAAGCCGCGUCUGAUAGUUGACUGGCUCGUCGAGUGUCUCGAGGCAGGUGGCGCAACCUCGCUGCUCGCUCUGAAUGGCCUGUAUACGCUGAUGAUCGAGCACAACCUGCUCUACCCGUCCUUCUACACGAAGCUCUACACGCUCCUGCUGGCCGCACCCCCGUUCAUGCACGUGCGCUACCGCGCGCGCUUCCUGCGUCUGCUCGACACCUUCCUCUCCUCCUCGCAUCUCUCCGCCGCGCUCAUCGCCAGCUUCGCCAAGCGCCUCUCGCGCGCCGCCCUGCGCGCGCCGCCGGCUGCGGCCGUGACCGUCGUGCCGUUUGUGUGGAACUUGUGCAAGCGGCACAAGAGCUGCAUGGAGAUGAUUCACCGCGAGGUGGAUGGUGACCGUCUCAGCGCAGGCCCGGCCGGCAUCGAGGACACGUACGACCCGACAGAGGAAGACCCUCACAAGACUGGCGCGCUGCAGUCGUCGCUCUGGGAGCUCGCGGCGCUGGGUGCUUCGGCUGCCGCGGCUCAGAAUCAGGGCCUGGAGGCUCACGCCGGCGGAGAGGCGCACUACCUGCAGGGUGUGAGCACGAUGGCUCGCAUCCUGGCCGAGCCCUUCACCAAGGAGCGCUGGGACCUCGAGGACUUCCUCGACGUGACGUACGGCACGCUCUUCGAGACCGAGACGAAGCGCACGCUGCAGCCUCCGCGUCCGAAGGCCAACGGCGAGGUGCGCGUUCUGCCGGCGCCUGCGCUGGCAUAUGCGCUGCCGGAGAGCGCCUUCCCUUCGCUCGAGAAGCAUGCGCUCUUUGCUGCAGCCCAGACUGCCGGCAAGAAGCACGCACGCGCGGAUGGCGCUGCGGAGGAAGACGAGGAGGAGAAGGAGGCCAGAGAGGCGAUGGACGAGGUCAACAAGGCACAGAAGCGCGACACGCGCGACGUGUGCGCGCGGCUAUGGGCCUACUAGGCGGCUCAAUGAGGAUGCUUUCUGCUGGC